AGGUGUUCUCUAAUGGGCUUUGAUCUGAACCGUCACUGGCAGGACCCUUCCCCUUGGGCCCAUCCCACUCUACAUGCUGUCAAACAACUCAUUGUCCAAAUGAACCAAGACCCAAAGGUGAGUUUGGAGUUUUACAUCGACGUGCACGCCCACUCCACCAUGAUGAAUGGCUUCAUGUAUGGUAAUGUCUUUGAGGAAGAGGAGAUAGGGCAGAGACAGGCCGUCUUUCCUCGACUCCUGUGCCAAAAUGCGCCUGACUUCUCUCUUUCCAGUACAUCGUUUAACCGUGAUGUGGUCAAGGCUGGUACCGGCCGACGGUUCCUGGGUGGUCUGCUGGAUGACACAUCAUACUGCUACACGCUGGAGGUCUCCUUCUACAGCUACCUGACAGCAGGAAGCACCUCACCUGUGCCAUACACGGAGGAUGGCUGUAUCCUUUUAUUCCUCCUUCACUGGAUAAUAACACUACUCUCUAAAAUAUAUGUUUGGAACUUGAAGUUCAAAGUAAAUCAGAUGUUAUUGGAGUAUGUUUCACAAGAAAAUACUUUCUUUAACUUCAAAACACAAUGCUUAAUUCAUACUGUUACUUGCUGUUUCUUUAUAAUAUUUGUGAAAUUUACAGUUUUUUUUUUGGAGUGAAAACUGCUUGAAAGUAAACCGCUGUU